UUUGGUUUUAGCAUUCACAGAAUCACAGACACAGUUUCUCCUUCUUCUCUCUCCUUUUCUAAAGAAACGACGCGCCAUUUUCACUCAGCCCUGAGAACUUCAUCGAGACCUGAGUUCGCGUUACAGGCUUUACAGCACGAUCAUGAAGGACGUUAACGAAGGAAAAGACUGAUGUAUAUACUGAAUACCAGUUUGGGGUUUUGUUUCUUAGACUGAGAAAACUCAAAAGAGAUAGAAACAUUUGAUGUGUCUUAUCGGGUGUUGUGUUGUCAAGAAGCUGUAAGGACAAACAAGCAAUUAUCUCAAAAGGGUUCUGAGUCUUUUGACAAAAGAAGAGAAGUUAGUGUGUGGUGUGUUCUUCUUAAAGAACGAAGCUUUUUUCUUAGUUUCCUCUGCCAAUUUGGAUGGACUUUUCUAGUAGCGCUGGAAUGAUGAUGGAGAAUAAGAGGAAUGAUGUCUGCUCUCUCGAAAAAAACAACAUCAAACGCCAUAAGUCUGAUCUCUCUUUCAGUUCCAAGGAGAGGAAAGACAAAGCUGGAAGUAUGUCAGCUCUUCAACAGAUAGUUUCCCCUUACGGAAAGACCGACACUGCGUCAGUUCUUCUAGACGCGAUGCACUACAUAGAGUUUCUUCACGAACAAGUCAAGGUGCUAAGCGCUCCGUAUCUGCAAACAAUAUCCCCUGCUACGCAGGUGGAGAUGGAGCAGUACAGCCUGAGAAACAGAGGAUUGUGUCUUUUUCCAAUGGAUUCUACUGUAGGAGUCGCUCAAAGCAACGGAGCUGAUAUAUGGGCGUCAGUGAAGACUCCUCCAUCUCCUGCAUUGAACGUCAAGUCUCAAUCACCCUUUAGAUGACCGCUUCAGACUCGUCACAACCUACUAAGAUCUUUCUUUCUCUUAAAGCCAUUAAGAAGAUAACCAAUUAUUAUCAUUCUGAUGAUUCUCUGUAACAUAUUUAGUAGACAGAAAGACACAGAAACAUGGCUGUUAUUACUUGGCUACUAAAUGCAUCCCCUUACUUGAAAACUUAUGUAAUAGAAAACCGGAAAAGUGUUUAUCGCUUUUUGACCUGAACCAAACCAUACUGAUAACAAAUUAUUAUGAUUUUGAUGAUCCUCUAUAA